UGCCCAUUUUCUUCCCAUCGAAGGCCACUUCGGCUUGUACAUAUCUCACAGAGAUCUCACCAUGCAUUCCCUAUCCCAAGUUUACAAAGAUCAUCCUGUCACCCUGCACCACCCUCUCAUGGACCUCAACACCAUGGAAGAAGUACCAGAGUCUUAUGUAUGGCCACCCUUUGAUGACUACCUUGAUGAUGAGACAGCCAAGAACAGCUCCAUACCCAUAAUCAGCCUCUCUGAGCCAAGCCUUGAUGUUCUGAACCAAAUUUCAUCUGCAUGUGAGGAUUGGGGCAUGUUCCAAGUAGUGAACCAUGGUGUAUCUUCUCAGCUUCUCUCAGAGAUGGAGUCCCUUGGAAAUCGUCUUUUCUCCCUCCCCAUGAAGCAGAAGAUUAAGGCCUUGCGUGCACCAGAUGGCAUCUCUGGUUACGGACUUGCACGCAUAUCACCCUUCUUCAGUAAGCUGAUGUGGUUUGAAGGAUUUACAAUUGCUGAAUCUCCUCUUGAACAUGUUCGUUGCCUUAUGCCGGAUGAUUAUGAGCAUUUCUGCUCAAUAGUCCAGGAGUACGAGCAUGAAAUGGAGCACCUAGCACGAAGACUGAUGGAACUCAUACUAACAUCGCUGGGACUCAACAAAAACGAUGUCAAGUGGGCGAGGAAUGGAUUCGAAAGCAUGCAUGGUGUGCUGCAACUGAACUACUACCCGCUCUGCCCACAACCAAGCAAUGCCAUGGGCCUGGCUGCACACACUGACUCCUCACUGUUGACCCUCCUCUACCAGACCAGCACCCAGGGGCUUCAGAUCAUGAAAGAACGUCACUGGGUCAAUGUUCCUCCAGUACCCAGUGCUAUUGUCAUCAACGUCGGUGACCUCCUUCACAUCCUCUCAAAUGGACGCUUCUCCUCUCCAUUACACCGUGUGCUUGUAAGCCGAGCUCAACAUCGUUUCUCAUUUGCCCACUUCUGGGGCCCAACAUCUGAAACAAGCAUCUAUCCUCAUCCUAAGCUCCUCAGCUUGCAGAGUCCCCCUCUCUACCAAUCCAUUACAUGGGCAGACUACCUCAGACUCAAAGCUAAACUCUUCAACAGGGCAUUGUCAUCACUCCUGUUAUCAGAUGGCAUUCCAGCAACCAACCAAUGACCUGAAAGCAGUUUCUUGAGCCAACUUGACUUGGUGAUUCGUAUCCUAAUUCAAGCUUAAAACAGGUCCAUGUGUUCACAAAGUUCCUUUUGGACUAAAUGCAGCUCCAGUGGCGAAAUGCACAGGUUUUGGCUCAACAUUUCUCAUCCAACUGAGUCAUGUUUCAACUGCAUAUUUCGUAACAAUAUUCAAGAACUAAAGAAAGAAAGGACGUAUUUCAUAUAAAAUUAAUGUUAUGGUUACACAGUUGCAACAGUAAAUCUUCAAGUAAUAUAUACAGUUUAUGUACCA